AAUUAGACCAGAAGGAAGACAUAUUUCUCUGUUCUUUCUUUGGUUCUUUUUUUUUUUUUUUGAUUACUUCUUUGGUUCUUAAAGGUUAAAGUAUCUUAAGAUGAUUAGGCCGGUGUUUGCUAUACUAGCCAUUUUGGCUAUAUUCCAUUUUCUGGCAAUUGAAUCCCGGGGUCACCGGAAUUUGGUGAAUUCCAAGAUUGAGUUCCAAGCGUUGAGAUGUCGGAAACAUAGUGCAAUACUGACUGAUUUUGGUGCGGUUGGAGAUGGAAAAACUUCUAAUACAAAAGCGUUUAAAAAAGCCAUAAGCAAGCUCAGCCAAAUGGCAACCGAUGGCGGAGCUCAACUCGUAAUUCCUCCCGGGAAAUGGCUUACCGGAAGUUUUAACCUUACCAGCCACUUUACUUUGUUCAUCCAACAAGGUGCUACCAUCCUUGCAUCUCAGGACGAAUCUGAAUGGCCAGUGAUCGGUCCAUUGCCAUCGUACGGGAUGGGAAGAGACGGAAACGGAGCCGGGAGAUUCAACAGUCUCAUCUCCGGUACAAACUUAACCGACGUGGUUAUCACCGGCAACAACGGGACGAUCAACGGACAAGGACAGUAUUGGUGGGAUAAAUUCGAAAAGAAGCAGUUUAAGGUGACAAGACCGUACUUGAUCGAGCUCUUGUUCUCUAAAAAAAUUCAAAUCUCGAACAUCACAUUGAUCGAUUCGCCGUCGUGGAACAUUCAUCCGGUCUAUUGUAAAAACGUCAUCAUCAAACACGUCACCAUUCUUGCUCCCGUCACUGUUCCUAACACCGACGGAAUCAAUCCAGAUUCUUGCAAAAACACAUUGAUCGAAGACUGUUACAUAGUCUCCGGAGACGACUGCAUCGCCGUGAAGAGUGGUUGGGACCAAUACGGGAUCAAGUUCGGAAUGCCGACGAAGCAGCUCUCUAUCCGACGGCUCACAUGCAUCUCCCCAAAGAGCGCAGGAGUAGCGUUAGGAAGUGAAAUGUCCGGAGGAAUCAAAGACGUUAGAAUCGAAGACGUCACUCUAAUCAACACAGAAUCAGCCAUCCGAAUCAAAACCGCUGCGGGGCGUGGCGGUUACGUAAAGGACAUUUUCGCUAGGAGGAUCACAAUGAAGACGAUGAAAUACGUUUUCUGGAUGAAUGGAGACUACAACCAGCACCCUGACAAAGGUUACGAUCCUAAGGCGUUUCCGGAAGUUACUAAUAUAAACUACCGUGAUAUGACGGCUGAGAACGUGACGAUGUCUGCGAGUCUCGACGGGAUUGAUAAAGAUCCGUUUAAGGAUAUUUGUAUUUCGAAUGUGACUAUGGAGUUGGCGGCUAACGCUAAAAAGGUGCAGUGGAAUUGUACAAAUGUUGCUGGAGUUACGAGCAGAGUUAAGCCGCAGCCAUGCAGUUUGUUGCCGGAGAAGAAUGAGGACUGUGUGUUUCCGUGUGAUUUGAUUCCGAUUGAGAGUGUUGUCUUGAAGAAGUGUUUUGUUUAGAGUCAAGUCUCACAGAUUAAGAUGAGAUUUAAAAACUAUAUGAAACUAUAUAACA